AUGGAAGAUAAUCAAUUCAUGUAUCUUUUCAUAACCCUAAGGCCAUUGAUGAGAGGGUUCGACUACUGCAGACCUGUAGUUGUAGUGGACGGUGCACAUCUUGGCAGGGCUUACAAAGGUACUUUUGUAUCAGCUAGCACACUCGAUGGUGCAGGUUGCAUAUUGUCGUUGGCAUAUGGUGUUGUAGACACUGAAAAUGACUGUUCGUGGACAUGGUUCUUCGAACAAUUCAAAAAUGCAUUUGGCGAGCGUGAAAAUAUGUGUAUUGUAUCAGAUAGAAAUGAAAGUAUUAUGAAGAGUGUAAGCAUUGUGUUCCCAAAUGUACCUCAUUGUGCAUGCAUAUGGCAUCUUUGGAAGAAUGUCUGUUCAAACUUCAAAAGAAAUAAAAACACACUAACUGAUAUAUUUUACUCAAUGGCAAAGGCAUACAUAAAGGAGGAUUUUGAUAAAUUAAUGGCUAAGGUGGUGAAAGUUGAUCAUAGGGUGAAGGAUUACCUUGAGGAUGCUGGGUAUGAGAAGUGGUCAAGAGUUCAUUCAAUAGUAAACAGAGGUUAUGAAGCCGGAAGAAGAUACACUGUAUGCCUUGAGCGAAAAUCAUGUACUUGUGGAAGAUUUCAACAAGAUGAGAUACCUUGUGCACACACAAUUGCAGUUUUAAAGCACAAGAAUGUUAAGGAUAUGCAUCCAUAUUGCUCUGAUUACUACAAGCCUGAUGCAUUAGCAAAAACCUACGAGGUUGCAAUGGUUCCAAUGCCGGAUAAGGAGGAUUGGACAGUUCCAGACUAUGUUUUAGAUGAAAUUGUUUUGCCACCUAGGUAUAGAAGGUUGGUUGGACGACCAAGGAAACGAAGAAAGAAAAAUGCGGAUAAGAAGAUAACAGUGAGCAAGAAUUCUUGUGGGCAAUGUGGACAAGAAGGUCACAACAGGAAAACUUGUACUUUCUUCCCGAAAGAUAAGUGA